AUGGAUCUGGAUUCUUUCCUCGACAAGAAGAGCAAAAAACUUGCUGGUGGAAAGAAGAAGGCGAAAACAAGCGAACUUUCUGAGAAGGAGAAGGCGCAGUUGGGAAUAGGCGUGUUUCUUGGGCUUGAUGUUACCCCUGCAGCGCACGCACAAUCGGAAGAAGCGGGUGAAGAUGACAAGAGGGAAAGUAAAAAUGGUGUAUCAGAUCCCGAUGGGGUAGCAGCUGUUGAGGCCACUGUGCAGUCAGGGAUUCAAACAAACAAGGAUCCCGAUGUUCCGGCCGUGCGUAACGCUUGGGUCGAUGAAGGGGCUGAAGCUGGUGGUGGUGCUGAGGUGGGAGCUAUUCCCGGAAACUUGGCCGUGCCAGUGAUUAGAAGCACUGGUAAAAAAGCUAAGGGUUGGGAUUCGGUGAAGGUAACGUCGGGCUCGAUAGAGGACCUUCUCGCAAAGGCAACCGAAAGCGGGAAACGACAGAAGUUUGUUGCUCGCGGCAACGAGGGUGCCACAGGGUCACUUGGUUGUGAGGUGCUUGCUAGUGCAACAAGUUUUCCUUCGCUCGACGAGCUAACAGGAGGGGCAGCUGCCCCUGCGAAAGAAACUGGCUCAACACCAACUCUUGACACGUGUGGUUCAGUGGAAGAUGUGAGCGCUGAAGUGGACAAGGUGACUUCCAGCACGUAUAAACCGCCAGUAGACAAACCGGUUUCUGGUGUUUACAGACCGCCAACAGAGAAACCCACAUCUGGAGCGUACAGGCCACCAACCGAUAAACCUGCAACUGGCGCAUAUAAGCCCCCAACCGAUAAACCCUUCUCAGGAGCAUACAGACCACCAGCGGACAAACCGUCUUCGGGAGCCUACAGACCGACUGCAGCGAAACUAGGAGAGGUGAUGGCAGCAACAACAGCACGAGACGAGACUUCUUCCGAAAAACCAGCUGCGGGAGCGUAUAGGCCGCCCAUUGACAAACCUUCUUCCGGUGCGUAUAAACCGCCGGUGGAUAAACCGUCUUCUGGUGCGUACAAACCUCCAACGGACAAAUCCUCCCUGGGUGCGUACGAACCUCCCAGUGAAAAACCAGCUUCAGUGCCGGCCGUACCUGCUGAAUCCUCUGCGGUAAAACCGUCCACUGGAGCGUACAGGCCACCGACCGAUAAACCACCCACAGGUGUAUACAAACCCCCAGUGGAUAAACCGUCCACUGGAGCGUACAGGCCUCCAACAGACAAACCGUCAUCGGGGGGAGCUUAUGUGCCUCCAAGUGAGAGGCUUGCAACUGCCGCGCCGGGGGAGCAGCUGUCUGUCGAGAAACCGUCGGCAGGAACGUACAAACCUCCUACUGAUAGGGUUUCAUCCGGAUCAUACAAACCACCCACUGACAGGCCAUCAGCAGGGGCAUAUAAACCCCCAACCGAUAAACCCUCCUCGGGAGCAUACAGACCACCAACGGACAGACCGUCUUCGGGAGCCUACAGACCACCAGCCGAAAGAAGUUUCGGCAGCACCUUUAGACCACCAAGCUAA